AUGAAGAUUGGCCAAAUCUCGUUUGAAUCUUGUGGUUUCUCACCUUUGUGUUUCUCUUCUUCUUCUUCCAGGAGUAUCUUACCUUUGAGUAACUGCCCCCAGGUACCGUGCUGUAGGCACAUUGUUCCAGGGCCUCUGUGGUGCUCCGAUGCCCCUCACCCACUGUCGAAGAUCCCCGGUGGGCGAGGGGUUGGCAGGGAUCCUUCUCUUUCAGCUUUGAUAUAUAAGGAUGAGAAGCUCACUGUUAACCAAGAUCUUCCAGUGCAUGAUGGGAAACCACAUAUUGUCCACUUCCAGUACAAAGUUACGGAAGUAAAGGUCUCCUCUUGGGAUGCAGUGCUAUCCAAUCAGAGUCUUUUUGUGGAAAUUCCUGAUGGCUUAUUAGCUGAGGGGAGCAAAGAAGGAUUAUUAGCGCUGCUGGAAUUUGCUGAAGAGAAAAUGAAAGCAAGUUAUGUCUUUAUUUGCUUUCGAAAAAGCAGAGAAGACAGAGCUCCGUUACUGAAGACAUUCAGUUUUCUGGGUUUUGAAAUAGUGAGGCCUGGUCAUCCUUGUGUCCCACCGCGGCCAGAUGUGUUGUUCAUGGUCUACCCGCUGGAUCAGGUCUCUUCCGAUGACGACGAUUAGACCGAGUGCAGCCUUUCAGUGGGGCCUGGACAUGGUUCGAGGACGAGAGGGGGCCAAAAGGCCUCUUCUGAGGAAAGGGAAAACAAAAUUCUUCUGGACUGAAACUGCAUUUCUUAUUGUUAGAGUGACCUGUAUAUCUUCUGAGUUGACUUUUCCAUUGAAAUGUGUUACCUAGCGAAUAAUAUAAAGUCUGCACAUGUAAUUGCACAAUAGUACAUGGAAGGUAAAUGGAGCUCUGGGGGCUCGCUCUUAAGCCUAGCCAAGGCAUCCUGCCCAGCCGGCCAGCCAGCCAGCCACACGGUGGCUCCGGAGCCCACAGACGGAGAGAGGGAGAAGCCUCAAUUGCUUGUUACAUACAUGUUGGGCUUAUCUAUUAGUUUGGAUAUUUGGCUUUCAUUUCAAAUGCAUAUUUAUAUGUUCACUCAGACUCUUAAGCCGGGGGGGGGGGGAAUGUUUUGAGUGUGGAAACAUAAGGAACAUUUGCUUUCUUGCUUUGGUUCUUUUUUUUUUUUGAUGGCGCCACUGGGCUAAGCAAUGCUCUGGGGUUCUGAGAAACACUCUUAUCCUCUUUCCGGCUUUUUAUUAGGUUAGUAUUAACUCUAGCGUAGCUUCAUUUAGGAGGAGGAGGAGGAGGAGGAGGGUGUGUGAAAGGAGGGUGCGAAGCCAGCCUUGCUUCUGGAAGUGGAACUUUCAAAAGGAUUGGGGGGGGGCAGCCUUGUGUUCUGCCAUGGGAUAAGGUGGGAUCCCUGAUCUGUUCUUGCUGUGGGAUCAGGUGGGGAAAUGGGGAGAGAAUCAAGUCAAAUCAACCCCCCCACCCCCCGCCAACCCCUUUAUUUUUUUUGGGGAAGACCCAUCACACACUGAAGUCUAUGGAUUCCGGAAACAUCCUAGGCAACUUGAUUUGACAAUUAAGACUUCCAUCUUACCCAUCCUCAAAAUGCUUCGGAAACUUUCCUUAAAAGUAGUUGGUGUAAUCGAGAUCCCCAGUCCUCAUCCGCCCUUCAAAUCCCCCCCCCCGCUCCGGAAUAUUAGAUGACUGCUAUCAUGCUUACCUUUCUUUUAAAACAGCCAGUUCCUUCAAACUUCAUUCACAAUAUACAAUUCUAAAAACUC